AUGGGUUCCAGUGUCAAGCUCGCCAAGGACGGUCACUGUUCCCGUAGUCAAGCCGUCGUCGCGCCUCUCAUCACCACUAUACCAGACCCUGGUGAUCCUGCAAAGCUAUUCCUUCUAGUCCACUUCAACGUCUUUGAAGAUGUGCGCAUCGAGCCCUUCAGAGAACCUCCUCGUGGGCGUGCCCCUGCUGAUCGUGACAUCAUCUUCUUGCGACUUGAGGACAUGGUCGCCAAAGGACAGGUGGAGAAG